AUGUCCUCGUUGCUUCAGAUAACGCAGGCAGAAUUACGGGACGUCGCCUCCUUUUCUUCAGAGGUCUUAGAAGCCUACAAAGAAUACUUAUUCCCUCCAAGGAUUCGAAUCCUUUAUCCAACCGUGACGUUCUCCACCCGCAUGGUUGACAGGUUCAAGUGGGUAAGGAGUGAACCCGUGAAGUUGUUCCUCGCCAAAGACGGCUGGGGGCCGUGCGAUCGAGCGAUUGAGUCGGCAACAAUCGAAGAGAUCAAGGCCUAUAGAAACUUCUUAUUCCCACCGUUUCUCUCGAACCGCUCCAUCUUUUCUCUCGAUGACGCCGAUCAGUGGAUAAAUAUUUCGCAUUUCUCUGCUUUCCUGGCUCUUCAGCCAGAGCCGUCAGAUUUUGGGUCGCCCUUGACUACGCUAUCUGAGCUGGAGGCAGAGCUUGAAGAAACCGUCGUCCAAGAGAGACGUGAUAUCAGGGCGAGCCAAGAGAGUCGGUCAGUCCAAGGACGGAGCAUGAUCUCAGCGCUACCCCUGGGAGAUGGACGUGAAGUCACUGCCCGCGGGACGCCUGCCAUCCCUGACUUCCGAUCCAUGUCUUUGCGAGAGUUCCUCUGGGCGGAUUUGACGCCAGAGCAACUAGAGCAAGUUCCGCUUGACUGGGUACUCGGUACCUCUUAG